UUCAGAAGCAGUACAUAAGAGGAAAUUCUUGUGAGUUUUAGCUGACACAAGUUCAAAGUGUUUCAAACACCUGAUGAGAUCAUUUUUUUAAAAGAUGUUAUUUAUUCAUGAGAGACACAGAGAGGCAGAGACACAGGCAGAGGGAGAAGCAAGCUCCCUGUGGGGAGCCCGAUGCAGGACUCGAUCCCCUGGGAUCAAUACCGGAGUGGAAGGCAGAAGCUCAACCACUGAGCCACGCAGGUAUCCCCUGAUGAGAUCAUUUUUAAGCAUUUAGUACAAGCUUAUCCUGGAUAGAGAGUAGAAUGGAGGCAACAGUAUCACUCUGUACUGACCUCAUAAUUGCUGGGAACCACCCCUCAGAGCAGAUUUAGGCAAAUUGGAGCACAAUAAAGGAUUGCUGGCCAGGAUGAAUGAAGGUGAUUCUCAAGACCCAACCAUGAAAGUCCACCACAAGGACAGAAGAGACCAUGUACUCCAUAUCGAAGAAGAAGAAGAAGAAGAAGAAGAAGAAGAAGAAGAAGAAGAAGAAGAAGAAGAAGAAGGGGUAAUCCUGCCUGAGGUUGGUGUUCUGUGGAAUUAUGUGCCCCAGGAAAAAGAAGAGGGCUGGCUGUGGGCAUCAGACAGGCUGGUAAUAGUACUGCGGUCCAGCUGUGAAUGGAAAACCACUGGAGGACAUGCUCCACCAAAACAAGAGAGUAAACCCAGAAAGAAGUCAUGGGAUCAAAGAAAAAAAAAUCUGACCGGCCUCGGAUACCUUUACACUAUGGCUCCCCCUUCUGGUCCUGCGAUGAGCAACAAGUCCAUUUUGUACUUCGGAAAAGCUCUACCCUGGAAUACUGAUCAAGCUUGAGUAAAGCGGAGUUCUCAGCCAGAGCAGACACCUCUCUAUUAACUGGGUAAUUCAAAUUCCUGAGAAGCUUUCCGAGUUUCUUAGGAGACUGCCAGCGGGGAAUUUGAGAGCAAUCUGCACAUCAAGGACACUCUUCAGUUCCGAGCCCAUGAAUGUGAAGGUCCUGGCUUCAUCUGGACCUUUCCAACAGUCAACAGAGAAACACAAACUCUAUGCACCAAGAGGGGAAGUGGAAAACACAAUAUUUGCUGCCCACCUGUAACCAUGCUGCCCUCAGAGACUUGGGGAACUUUAUCUUCUUAACAAGAUAAAGAUGGGAAAAUGUAAUACUCUUAGUGAAUUCUUACUGAUUCCAUCUUUCCUUAGUUAUCCUUAAUGGUUUAAAAAAAUACAGCCUGAUUAUGAUUUGAUCGAAUCCAGAAUUACGGAAUUUUAACCAAUAAGAAGCAUCUAUACUCUUCCUGACUUUAAAAAAUUGAUGCAAAAUAGAGGAAUGAAUUGGUUUUUCUCCUUCCAGCUUACGGUGCUCUCAAUAUACAUGUGUUUUGUGUUUGGAAGUCUGACUUUAUUUCCUCGUCACCUCAGGCUACAGAUUCAAGUCAAAUAAUAGUUAUGUGUAUGCGCAUGCGUGCGUGUGUGCCUGUGUGUGUGAAUAUAGGUGCCUUUUUAAAUAGUCAUUUCUACAUAUGCAUAUGAAUGGGUUUCCAUUUGAAAUUACUGUCAAAAUGUCAUUAGAAGACACUUUUGGAAUUCUUAAUGAACUAAAAUAAUGUUUUCCUUGUGCUUAAAUAGAGACUUCGCUUACUAAAAUCACUUUGUUAAGGAUAACAUGGCUGGAGGUUCCCAUUAUGUGCACAAUUGCUAUUUUUUAUGCACUAACUCUCUCAUUCUCUCCGACUCUUUUCUUAUUCCACUUGAGACUCAUUCUGCAGCUUCUGCCUACUUCAGGGCUCACUGAUGUGGGUUUGCUGAAGAGAGAAGAGAUACAUUUUUACAUGACUUGAAAAUGCUUGACAUUUAAAGAAAAAAGCUCUAUCACUUCAAAAAUUUGUUAAAAGCAAGUUAUUUUCAGAAACCUAAGCUGCAGAGAGAUGACAUUUGCCCCUGGUUCUUACCUUAGACUCAGAGGUAACAGAGUGGUUACCCAAGGAAUCAUACCUUCUACUGUUUUCAGAACUUUUUUGUAAAAGUAGUCACAGGAGCCAUCAGGGAUGUUAUUAAUUGACCUACUAUUUAUUCUACA